AUGUCGAUUCCAUUGCGCGGAGAAUUGACCCUUCGAACAAGCCACGCCGUUCAGGCAUCCAGCUCGUUCUCUGUCGCCAACAAUUCAGCGAGGACGCCAGAGUCUUUCGGAAAUCUUCUGAAUCACAUCACAAGAUUAUCUGCGCCUCAAAGUCUUGUGCCCUCCGUUCGUAUUGCGCCUCCUCGAAACGCAGAAGAACGGCCCAAGCCAGCACAUUCCUUGACGCUGCUAGGAGCUACCGUCGCACUCUCCAAAUCUGCUCGCGAAGCGGCGAGUUCAUGGUCCAACACCGCAUCGGAAACGGCAACCGCCGAAGCGGCUCUAUAUCCAUUCCUUGUUCACCUAGCCGUAGCAAAGGACGACGUGGAGACGCUCAAAUUCUGCCUAGGCAUAUCCGAGACCAAAACCACCUCCCCCGUCAUUGACCCUCAAACGCCAAUGGAAGAGAUGGGGGUGACGGAAAGCUUCCCUAUCAGCAGCAGCAAUAGGAGCCUUGUCAAAGGAGGAAUCGCCAAUUGCCUUGAUAUUGCGUCCGGCAGAACGCCAUUGCAUGUUGCUGCGCUUAAUGGGAGCGUCAAGUGUGCGCAAGUAUUACUGGAAGCUGGAGCAUUGGUUCAUAUACGAGAUUCUCUGGACCAUACUGCACUUUACUAUGCCGCUCGUCACAGCCACGGCUCUAUAGUUGACUCGCUGCUACAAGCUGGAGCACAUCUAGGCGGUGCAGAUGUGGAAGGUGGGUAUGUGCGACUGGCUAUCAAGCAUGCACAGUCUGUAGGCGAUCAGACUGCGCUUCUCGUUUGGCGAAAAGUAGGCUCCUAG